AUGAAAGACAGUGGAAAAUUUUCAAUUUUUGUAAACUAUGGAGGCCAGUUCGUUAAAUGUGGAACUUCUGUUGAGUACUUAGGUGGUAAAUUUAAAACAGUUCAUGGUUUAGAUGUGGAUAGGUUUGGGUAUUUUGACUUAAAAGAAGCAGUUGAGAAGCUGGGGGUUGAAAAGUUUGAAAAACUUGUAUACAGAAUACCAAGGAACAAUGGAGCAGAUAUGUUUAAAGAUGUUGUUGAUGAUAGUGUAGUUAUGGAGAUGAUUAACCACGCUACUAAGGGAAGAACAUUAUUAGAGGUUUAUGUAGUAGGGGAAAUUAUAGAAGAAGAUAACAGUGAAAAUGAAGCUAGUGUUGAAAGUGCACCAAGGUCAGAGGAACAAUUUGACAUUGAUUCAUAUAUAGACAAUUUCUCUGAUCCUAAGAAUCAUUCUGAUCCUAAGAAUCCUAAUGAUGUGGAUUUAUUAGCUGAGUCACAGAAAGAUGGUGAUGUUGAUACAGAAGUGAGGAAUAACCUAAAGACUCCACAGUUGCCUACUUCCAAUGUGGGUGACUGUGAGGUUGGAAGUGGGUCUGGGGAUGAUAGUGAGGAUGAAGACUAUUUCCCUGUUGAUGAUAGCUCAUCUGAUGAUGAACUUAGUCUUAAUGGAAACGGUUGA